AUGGCCGCCCAGAAGACCGGAACCCGCCUCGGCUACAUCGCGCCCGACUUUGAGGCGCAGACGACUCAGGGAAAGAUCCGCUUCCACGAGUUCAUCGACGGAAAGUGGACCAUCUUGUUCUCCCACCCUGCCGACUUCACGCCUGUCUGCACCACCGAGCUUGCCGAGGCCGCCCGCCUUGCGCCCGAGUUCCAGAAGCGCGGCGUCCAAAUGAUCGGCUUGUCGUGCAACGAGCUCGGCAGCCACAGCAAGUGGAUCGAGGACAUCAACAAGUUUGGGUCGGUCGACGUCCAGUUCCCUAUCAUCGCCGACCCGUCGCGCGAGGUUGCAAAGCUUUACGACAUGCUUGAUGAGCAGGACUUGACCAACCUCGACGAGAAGGGUGUCCCCUUCACCGUCCGCACCGUCUUCAUCAUCGACCCGAAGAAGACCGUCCGCCUCUCGCUCCAGUACCCCGCCUCGACCGGCCGCCAGUUCAACGAGAUCCUCCGCUGCAUCGACUCGCUCCAGCUCGGCGACAAGAACAAGAUCACCACCCCGGCCAACUGGCAGCCUGGAGAGAAGGUCAUCGUCCACCCGUCGGUCAAGACCGAGGACGCGCGCAAGAUCUUCCCCAACGAGGUGCAGGAGGUGUACCCGUACCUCCGCUUCACCCAGCUUUGA